GUGAUUGGCCGCCCGUUGCUAAGGACCCUUGGCUUCCACAGGCGAUUGGCUACUCGUCGUUACCGUGAUUGGCUGCGCGUUACUAGAGGCUGCCCUAUUUCCAGAGGUUCUAGAAGACAGCCUCCUUCCUGACUCGGUGUGUUGGAGCUUCCUGGAAAUGGAUAAGUUCGUCAUUCGAAAACCUCUGCCUCCCCGGAGCCCUCAGAAGAAAGAUUCUGGAGAAAAGGUUUACAGGCAGGCCACUCUUGAAUCUCUGAAGAGAGUGGUGGUUGUUGAAGACAUCAAAAGAUGGAAAAGCAUGUUGGAGCUUCCUGGGCAACCCCAAGAAAAUUUAAUUGAAGCCUUACGGGAGUUAAAGAAGAAACUACCCUCGAAGGACGUGCUACGGUCAACCAAAAUAGGUCACACCGUGAACAAGAUGCGCAAACAUUCAGACGGAGAGGUGGCCAAUCUUGCCAAUGAAAUUUACACUGAAUGGAAAACGUUCAUCGAAGAGCAUUCAGACAAGCCCUCCAUUGAAGUCCGCAGUGACCCCCAGACUGAAGCACUCCGGAGAAACGCCCAGAAGUUGCUUUCUGAAGCACUGGAGCUGGAGAUGGAUCACCCACUGGUUGAAAAUAUCGAGCGUGAAGCUUUUCAUCUCUGCUCCCGUCUCAUUAAUGGGCCGUAUCGGCGGACAGUGAGAGCCCUGGUCUUUACAUUAAAGCACCGAGCUGAGAUUCGAGCUCAGGUCAAGAGCUGCUCACUCCCAGUCAACGCACUGGUGCGGACUUACAAAAAGUGACCUUCGUAGUCGUCCCCGCCCCAGGGAGCGGCGCCCACCGGCCCACUGAACGCCGGCCGCUUCCCUCUUUUCAAAGGCCCCUUUGAAUGUGGGUGAGGGGGAGACCCGGCCCCUCGGCCUUCUCCAAGUACCAUUUCAUUCUGAAGGAAGGAGGGCACAAAGAACAACAGGGGAUGGGCCCCGACAUCAUUAUCCAUAACAAGUGCCGCUGUCAAAAAGCAUCAAUGGCACCCCAGGGCCCUCGAGCGCCAGGUUUGGGGUCACAAAACUAGGCCAGGAGGGUGAUGGGGCUUAUUGUGGGCUUGCCAAGGAGGCCUCGCAACUCCUUUCUCCUAUGGGCCAAUAGUGCCGCUCCCUUAUUCCACCACCCUGCAGGUAACUGAAACUCAAUUACUGCCAGGCCUUGGUGACGUCCCCCAGAGUUUAGAUAGCCCCGGUGCUCUCAGAACUCACCCAUCUGUCUUCCCUUUACUGUACCCCAGGGGCAAGCCUGCAGGAGCCCACCAACGCCCCCCUUGUUCCUGAUUGUACUUAUCUGAAGGUUUCAGCUCUCCCUUGAAGGUCUUCAGUGCUGCUCUCUGAAGCCCCCGUGCUGGGGCUUCUAAUGAGCGUGUGGCCUCAAGCAGCCAAACCUUGUGCUUUAUUUGAAUGCCUGUCUAUGAGACUUUACCGAGAUAUAGAAGGCGGCUAAGGAAGUUUCUCUCUUGACAUGGUGGUUGAGGGAAAACCUAUUUUAGCAAAUGAUGACUGGACGACAGCCUCCUUGAGUGAUUAUGUAAAUGUAAUUUGCCUUUUUAAGAGUAUAAUGACAAGCCAGGUGGUUUAAAGUCACAGAAGCAUUGGCUUUUUCCUUGGGAAGCAUUUGGACUGAGAAUGGACACUGGGGGCUCACCUUCAGAUUUGCUUUUAAUUCUUUGAGUGAGAAUCUUUGUGUAGUUCUAAAGCUUUGCAGAAAGACCGUCCUGAACACUGCCAAAAUAGGCUCCUGGGACGGGAGGACAAAGGCUGGGGACCGGGUCUGGGUUGGAGGGUUCUCAAGGUGCCUCUCACAACCUUCCUGUGGAUCUUUUCCAGAUGCAGAAGUGAUUUGGGUUCCCUUGAGUCGAGUUGCUUUGCCUAGAGCAGGUGCUUAAUAAAUGCUUUUCCAAUCACAUUGAAUUGGUCACAUUGAUUCUAAUGUUGAUUAAUGUGAGCACCUCUCUUUGAAGGUGGAACCAGUGUGUUGGAUGUGCCACUCCAGGAUUCCUUUGGGGAGCUCUCCAUCCCUCCCCCCUCCUCUCAGAUAGGAUACAGAGAGGGCCUAGACUCAGAUCUCAUUGGUUUAAGGAACUCAAGUGAGGUGUUUCCUCUCCCAACUGAAGGGACUUCUUAUGGGUCACCAGUCAGUGUCAGAGGCAGGACCUGAACCCAGCUCUUCCUGGUUUGGAGGACAACUCGAGCCACUGUGCCAGGCUGUUAGCGGCUAGCAUUUAUGUAAGAGCUUUACCAGGAUGUCUUCAUCUAGUCCUCACCUAACUCUUCGAAUUUAUCUAUUAACACCCACAGCCACUCCCCUCACAACUGCCCGCAUCUCACAAGAAUCCUACUCCCCAGUUCACAGAUGAAGACCCUGAGGUCCUCAGUGAGUCCUGAAUCCAAUAUUCAGAUCCAGGUCUCAGGACCCCAGUCCCAGCCUUUCUUCUGCUGCCUGCCUGGCGCUGCUUUCUGAUUGUCUUUUGUGUCUCAACUUCAGCCCUUCCGGCUAUAGUUUGUCCACUUCCUCUUGGCUUCAGAGAUGCAGCUGGUCACCAGCACAUGUCCACGCGCCUACGCACACAUGCAUAUGCACACACACACACUCGGAAGUGUAUUAUCAGUGACCCUUUUGUGAAGAGGCUGAAACUAGGGAGGCGAGGGCUGCUGGGCCAAGGGUGACUCAUAACUGUGUUGAUUAUGGAUGUGAGCCAAUAAUUGACUUUCCUUCUGGGUUGUCAAUACCAAACAGCCACCAUAUGGUUGAGAUGUUUCUGAAAGAGUCCCCAUGAUAACAUCUGCCCUAGGAAGGCAACCAAGCCAAACAGGGUAUGUGGAGUAGCCUGGGCUGCCCGGGCCCAAGCUUAUCUCACCAGAGGCCCCUCAUGACCUUUGCCCAGAACUUCAAGAAUCUAAGGAAUAAGCUAUUUUAUAUAAAUGAGGAAGUGGCGUGUUGUGUACGGGGGAAUCUUGGAGCAGUUGAGGCAGCCUCCGGAGAGCCUGAAAAAUCAGCCGCCAGGAAUGGUGCUAAGGGAGGGGAUUCUUGUGUCAGGUAAAGCUUGGGCUAGUCGACAGGCUGCGUGUUGUGAUGGGAAGGGCACUGGGUGUGCACCACCCAGAGGGCAUAGGCUCUGCUACUCACUGCUUGGGUCAUUUUGGCCAAGUGGCUUAAUGCCUCCGGGCCUCAGUUUCCUCCUUUGUAAAAUGGAUGUGUUUGACUAGAUGAGUCACAGAAGCUUGAUAUCUUAGAAGGGACCUCGGAGGCUACUUAGUCCCACCUACACCCACUAAAGCAAACAUGAAAAUCACAGCCAGCCUCCAGCUAGGGGAGGCCCCACCGCAUCCCUCAGCAGCUCAGCCCACAGUUGGAUAACGGGUGGGAAGUUUCUCCUGACUUCAAGCCGAAAGUUCCCUUUUUGCAACUUCUACUCAUUUGCCCCUAGCUCCAGCCUCUGGGCCAAAGAGGACAAGGUGGGUCUGCUUCCCACAUGAGAGCCUUCCAGCUAGGCAGAGAUGUCUCACGUGCUCUCCGAGCCUUCUCCAGGGCACCCACCAUGCCUAGUUCUUUCUAUGCCCCCAUCGCCAAGCCCUCUGCCAUCUUGGUCAGCCUCCUCGGAUGCUCUCCAGGUUUCCACAGUUCAGUCCUUCCUGAAGUGUGAUACUGCAAACACAAGCCUCCAGAUGCAGACUGACCAGGACAAAGGACAACAUGACAGAACACCUGCAUGACCUCGGCCCAGUCUUCUUGUCUACCUCUUCUAUUUUCCACAAGAAGAGUAUGAGAUACUUUAUCAAAUAAAAGUUAUCAUUCCCCUCAUUUGUCAGGCUAAUAAUCCUGUGAAAAGGGGAAAUAAGGUUGGUUUGAUAUGGUCUGUCCUUGAUGUAACCACAUUGACAAUUUCCUUUCCAAGGUGCCACCUAACCACCUCUGCCUUCAGGGCCCAGGUAGGAUCCCAUCUCCAACAAGAAGCCUUUCCAGAUCCCCCAGUGCUGGUGUCUUUCUGCUUUUACAUCCAGUUUAUCCCGUCUAGUCAUUUGCAUGUCAUCUCCCCAAUGUGAAGCGGUUCGCCUGAGAGCAGGAAUUGGUUUUUUCCCUUUCUUGGUUUCCCCAGAGCUUAGCACAGUGCCUGGCACAUAGUUGGUGCUUAAUAAAUGCUGAUUGACCUUAAUGAGCUAUUCUUUAAUUUUCCCUGAGAUCAAAGUCAAGCUCCAAGCAAACUCUGUUCAUUUCCCCUUUUUUUUUUUUUUGGUUGGUGAGGCAGUUGGGGUUAAGUGACUUGCCCAGAGUCACGCAGCUUGUAAGUGUCAAGUGUCU